UGAUGCGCCAUCCUUCCCCAAACCCCGGCUGUUAGUGCUGUGUGAGUGCGUGUGUGCUCCUGAGCUUGCCUCGGCACACAUUAUAUAAAAAACUAAAAAACAAAAAAAAACUUAAAAACCUUAAAAACUCCAAAAAAUCCACAUUCCUUUUUAUAGUAAAAUCGGUGAAGCAGGAGUCACUUAUCUCGUGGUCUGGACGGUACGAUACGGGGAGAACUAACGACAUUUUAACCGACGUAUGUUGCUAGUUAGCUAGAGUGCUAUUCACCAGCUAACGUUAACGAUUCGAGCUAAUUCGAAAGGCCUCGCUACGUUUAUUCGAUACGUUUAUUCGGUCUUAUUGAGGAUUCCUUGACGUACAUCAACAAGGUACCAAGAACGUUUUAAUUCUAAGUUAUUUUAUCCAAACCCACGUUUUAAAUUUUAGUAUUUUGAGGUGGCUAGCCGCGUUAGCAAGAAGGUGACGUGCUAACGACAAGACCCCACGAAGAUUCGACCUGCUAAUUCCACAAAUUCUUACGCCAUAGCCACUGUAUUCUACUUAGACCAAACCAGACCACCAAAAUGAAUCCAAGUGCACCAAGUUAUCCGAUGGCCUCGCUCUAUGUCGGGGAUCUCCACCAGGACGUUACCGAGGCCAUGCUAUACGAGAAGUUUAGCCCUGCUGGGGCUAUCCUCUCCAUUCGUGUGUGCAGAGACAUGAUAACCCGUCGUUCCCUCGGGUAUGCCUAUGUCAACUUCCAGCAGCCUGCUGACGCCGAGCGUGCCCUGGACACCAUGAACUUCGAUGUCAUCAAGGGCCGCCCAGUUCGCAUCAUGUGGUCCCAGCGCGACCCUUCCCUCAGGAAGAGCGGCGUGGGCAACAUCUUCAUUAAGAACUUGGACAAGUCCAUCGACAACAAAGCCCUCUACGACACAUUCUCUGCCUUUGGCAACAUUCUGUCUUGCAAGGUGGUUUGUGAUGAGAAUGGCUCGAAGGGCUAUGGCUUUGUGCACUUUGAGACUCAGGAAGCUGCAGAGAGGGCCAUUGAGAAAAUGAAUGGCAUGUUGCUCAAUGAUCGCAAAGUGUUCGUGGGCCGCUUCAAGUCGCGGAAGGAGCGUGAGGCUGAGCUCGGCGCCAGGGCAAAGGAGUUCACCAACGUGUACAUCAAAAACUUUGGCGAGGACAUGGACGACGAGAAACUCAGGGAGAUCUUCAGCAAAUAUGGAAACAGCAUGAGCAUCCGCGUGAUGACCGACGACAGCGGCAAAUCGCGAGGCUUCGGCUUCGUCAGCUUCGAGAGGCACGAGGACGCCCAGAAGGCUGUGGAUGAAAUGAACGGUAAGGAGCUGAAUGGGAAGCUGAUCUACGUGGGCCGCGCCCAGAAGAAGGUGGAGCGCCAGACGGAGCUCAAGCGCAAGUUUGAGCAGAUGAAACAGGACCGCAUGACCCGCUACCAGGGCGUCAACUUGUACGUGAAAAACCUGGACGAUGGCAUCGAUGAUGAACGUCUGCGCAAGGAGUUCUCUCCCUUCGGUACCAUCACCAGUGCCAAGGUCAUGAUGGAGGGCGGACGCAGCAAGAGGGGAGAUGGAGUGAUGAUGGAGGGCGGCCGCAGCAAGGGCUUCGGCUUUGUGUGCUUCUCCUCGCCCGAGGAGGCCACCAAGGCGGUGACCGAGAUGAACGGCCGCAUCGUGGCCACCAAGCCGCUGUACGUGGCCCUGGCCCAGCGCAAGGAGGAGCGCCAGGCCCACCUCACCAACCAGUACAUGCAGAGGAUGGCAAGCGUGCGCGCCGUGCCCAACCCCGUCAUCAACCCUUACCAGCCCGCACCGCCCUCGGGAUACUUCAUGGCUGCUAUUCCACAGGCCCAGAACAGAGCUGCUUACUACCCGACCAGCCAGCUGGCUCAGCUCAGACCCAGCCCUCGCUGGACCACACAGGGAGUCAGGCCACAGCAUUUCCAGAACAUGCCUGGCGCCAUGAGGUCCCAGGCUCCUCGCCCACAGACCUUCAGCACAGUCCGACCAUCAGCACAGGUCCCUCGCAUGGUCUCCGCUCAGCGCGUCCCUCAGUCAGUGGGCCCUCGCCCUGCCACAGCAGCCCAGGCGGUGGCGGCAGCAGCAGGCCCCCGCGGCGUGCCCCAGUACAAGUACGCCCCUGGAGUACGCAACCCCCAGCAGCACAUGAACACACAGCCACAGGUUGCCAUGCAACAGCCUGCUGUGCAUGUGCAGGGCCAGGAGCCCCUGACUGCCUCCAUGCUGGCCGCUGCCCCUCCACAGGAGCAGAAGCAGAUGCUGGGUGAGCGUCUGUUCCCACUCAUCCAGAACAUGCACCCAACGCUGGCCGGCAAGAUCACCGGCAUGUUGCUGGAGAUCGACAACUCAGAGCUGCUCCACAUGCUGGAGUCUCCAGAGUCUCUCCGCUCCAAGGUGGAUGAGGCCGUGGCGGUGCUCCAGGCUCACCAGGCCAAGGAGGCCGCACAGAAGAACACCAACUCCGCUGGAGUCCCAAACGUCUAAGCCAAGUUCACGGGAAUGGGGAACCCUUGAAACUUGCUUCACCGAUAAAAAAAAUUAAACAUUGAAAAAAUGAAAACACACAAAACAUUGCAAAACGAUCUUAAAACAUUUUAAAAAAAGGAAAGGAAACUAGAUCAGCCAGGUCUGGAAAUGAGAACGCUAGGCCUUGUUCAUUUAAUUAAAAAAAAUACUGAAAAAAAGAGAAAAAAUUAAAACAUAAAAAAUGUAAAAUCUGGUUAAAAGAAUAUUCCAGAAAAAAAAGGGGUUAGCAACCCAACAGCAUUCCUUCCUUGUUUUAUUCCUUUUACUUUUGUGAAAAGCCAAGAGCUCUGGUGGUAGUUGGAGAGAGCUGAAGACUUGGCAUUGUGAAGAUUCUGAAUUAAAUUUGCUUGCUGAAAUAAAAACCUAUUAAAACAUA